AUGGGUAAGUUUUUCGCUUUAUUUGGCAUGUUUAGGCUUAUAUGAUAGCUUAUUGGCAUGGUAACAGCUGUAUUAUAGUGCUAGAGGCUUAAUAACGUGGAUUAUUUACCCUGGGGAUUUGCUGUUGAUGAAGUUCAACGGUUUUUUGAAAGCUUGAUGGAUAAUAUAAUUUUAGACAAUUUUUAUUGUUGAAAUUGCUUUCAGGAUCAAACACUGUUGAAUUUGGAAGCGGCAAAUACUACGCUUUAUGCGGUUUGGGUGGAGUAUUGUCAUGUGGUAUCACACACACUGCCAUUGUACCAUUAGACAUGGUCAAGUGCCGAAUUCAGGUAAUACGCUUUUUUGUUUUUAGGUCACAAUGUAGCUUGGUAAUGUUAGUGUCAUAUUAAAAUGACAUUUUGCUUUUUAAAAAUGACUUUAAAUUGUUUGAGGAUGUCUAGGCAUAAAUUUCAAGUUAAUCUUGUAGAAUUAUAUUUUAAAUUGCUGAAGAAUAACAUGAUUAUUUAGGUAAACCCAGAGAAGUACAAGGGUAUCGUGGGAGGAUUCAGAACUAGUAUUGCUGAAGAAGGAAUUCGAGGUUUGGCCAAGGGAUGGGCUCCAACUGCCAUCGGCUAUUCGCUCCAAGGAUUGGGCAAGUUCGGCUUCUACGAGUUGUUCAAGGUGGUCUACUCUGAUGCCAUUGGCCCUGUAAGUUUAUUUUUAUUACUGGGUUUUUUGAUUUCAUUACUAUUUUACGUUGACGUUUAAAAUUUCAGGAGAUGAGCUACACCUGGCGUACCUCUCUCUACCUGGCUUCCUCCGCCUCGGCCGAACUUUUCGCCGACAUUCUUCUGGCUCCAAUGGAAGCUACUAAAGUCAGAAUCCAGACCGCCGUAGGAGCUCCACCAACUCUUCGUGGCUGUGUUCCAUACAUCUACAAGAGCGAGGGCAUCAAGGGCUUCUACAAGGGUUUGCCACCACUCUGGCUGCGUCAGAUUCCUUACACGAUGAUGAAGUUCGCCUGCUUCGAAAGGACCGUGGAAUUGUUGUACAAGCACGUCGUACCAAAACCAAGAGCCGACUGCACCAAGGGAGAACAACUGAUCGUCACUUUCGUAGCUGGCUACAUCGCUGGAGUCUUCUGUGCCGUGGUAUCUCAUCCAGCCGACACUAUCGUCUCCAAGUUGAAUCAAGAUGCCAACGCUUCGGCCGGUGACAUUUUAAGAAAAUUGGGCCCAGUCGGUAGGUUUUAUGGUUAAAAAAAUUUCGAUUAAAGUACUUUUAUAUACUUUGAGAAUAUAAUUCAUGUACGUUCAGGUGUUUGGGGAGGUUUGAUGCCGCGUAUCAUCAUGAUCGGUACCCUGACUGCCCUUCAAUGGUUCAUCUACGACUCGGUGAAGGUGGCCUUCAACCUGCCCCGCCCUCCACCACCAGAGAUGCCAGCUUCCCUCAAGGCCAAACUCGCGGCCCAAGGAAAGACCGCCUAA